AGGAGUGGGUUCUCCUGAGUCCUGAUCAGAAAGCCUUGCACGUGCAGAUCAUGGAGGAGAUUCAUGGGAUGGUGGACUCUCUUGUAGAUAACGGGGAGGAGAGCAAUGUACACUGCGAACACAGGAAGCAUUUGGGACACAACAAGGGCCAGCAAGCCCAGAGUGAAGAUGAAGAUUCUGCCGGAGAAAAGCCCUACCAAUGCAAUGUAUAUGGGCAAUGUUUUGCCCAAGAUGUGGCACUUGUGCUUCACAAGACACUCCAUCCUGGGGAGAGCCAUCUCAAAUGGAAAGUAUCAGCAGAAUAUGUGGUUGGUUACAGAUUGCCAGAUCUGUGCCAACAAGAAAUCUUUGAAAGAACCGAGGAUUUCAUAAUCCAGGAGUGUGAGAAACCACACAAAAGCAAGGAAUGUGGGAAAUGUUUUGUUCAGAGUUCAUCCCUUGUGAGUCACCAGGAAGUCCACACUGGAGAACACCCAUAUAGAUGCCCAGAUUGUGGGAAAUGUUUUUCUUCCAGUUCAAGCUUGGUGAGGCACAAAAGAGUCCACACAGGAGAAAAACCAUAUCAAUGCCAGGAGUGUGGAAAAUGUUUUGCUGCCAGUUCAGACUUGGUGAGCCAUAAAAGGCUUCACACAGGAGAAAAACCAUAUCAAUGCCAGGAGUGUGGGAAAUGUUUUGCUGACAGGUCAGCCUUGGCAAAGCACAAAAGACUCCACACAGGAGAGAAGCCAUACCAAUGCCAAGAGUGUGGGAAGUGUUUUGUUUACAGUUCACAAUUGCUGAGCCAUAUAAGACUCCACACAGGGGAGAAGCCUUUCCAGUGCCAGGAAUGUGGGAAAUGUUUUGUUUACAAUUCACAAUUGGUGAGGCACAAAAGAUUCCACACUGGAGAGAAGCCAUACCAAUGCCAGGAGUGUGGGAAAUUUUUUCUUGACAGUUCAGCCUUGAUGAGCCACAAAAGACUCCACACAGGAGAGAAUCCAUACCAAUGCCAGGAGUGUGGGAAAUGUUUUGCUUCCAGUUCAUGCUUGGUUAGGCACAAAAGACUUCACACAGGAGAGAAGCCAUACCAAUGCCAGGAGUGUGGGAGAUGCUUUGCUUCCAGUUCUGGCUUGGUGAAGCACAAAAGACUCCACACAGGCGAGAAACCAUACGAAUGCCAGGAGUGUGGGAAAUGUUUUGCUGAUGGUUCAGCCUUAGUGAGGCACAAAAGACUCCACACAGGAGAGAAGCCAUACCAAUGCCAGGAAUGUGGGAAAAGUUAUCCUUGCAAAUCAUCUCUCCUGAGACACCAGAGCAUCCACACAGGAGAGAAGCCGUUCCAAUGCCAGGAGUGUGGGAAAUGUUUUACCCAGAGUUCAUCCCUUUUGAGCCACCAGAGAAUUCAUAGAGGAGAAUAACCAUCCAAAGAGGUGGGACAAAAGUAAUAAAAUUACUUGCAAUAGGGACAUUUCAGGUGGUGGACAUUCUAGUGCUGUAGACUAUACAUUCAACAUUUCUCGAUGCACGUUUGUGACUUCCUUGGCUUCAAGUAGCACUUGGCUUGACUUUGGACUGAUUUCUUAGAUAACUCUCUCCUUGGUUUCAAAUGGUGUUCAAGGUUUUUGUUUUUUGUUUUGCUUUGUUUGACUUGGAUCUGUUGUGGAGAACUCUUUUGCUUCUCUGGACACUGGUAUCACCAUGGGAAUAUACUGGCUUUCCCCUGGUCAGCCUUUAUGGGUAAACAUCUGAUUUCAAACAGGACCAUUUGCGAAGGUGUCCUAAGAUUUGGUGAAGCCUCCGUUCUUGUCAUUUGAAUCCUAAAUUGAGGUCCUGUUCUUGGAGCAGCAGUAAGCAACCUCUCUGUUACAAUUCUUCAGAAGGUUAAAUAUGAUGUCACCUAUACUGAAAAAGAAAACCCAUAUGUAAUUCCAUCAAUUCUUCCUCUUGGGCUUUUUUCCCAGCUCCUUUAGCACCUUGGUUGCAAAUUUCUCAUUUGCAAAUGUUGUUUUUCAACUGCGAUUCCAGAAUUGAACACAGUGCUUCUGUUGAGGCAAAACGAAAGGAAAUGAUGCUUGCGCUAUUAUUUCCCUUGAUGUACAAAUCAUAUCUCUGGCUACUGUCCAUUUUCUUGCUCCUGGCACAGACUCAUUUAAUGCACAAUAAAUUAAAAAAAUCAAUCUCUU